CUGUCGUCGCUUUAGGCCCUCCGGGCUGCGCCGCUCCUCAGUGCUUUGAGCUGCUUCGCUGGUCCGAGCCUUAGGCCGGCUCGACGGGGACCUCAGUGCACGCAUGGACCUGCCCGCGCCCGGCGGGAAGCGGCCAGGCUGGCGGUGGCCCGGGCGGCGGAGCAGGGCCGAGGCAGCGGGCCCCUGAGCGCGCGCCCUGCAGGCCGGGCCGCAGCACCAUGAUGCCCGGCGAAACGCACCCGGCGGCGCCCGGGCCAGCCGACCUCGCGCGGUGUCAAGGCUGCGCCUCCCUGCAGCAGAACUUAAAUGAAUAUGUUGAAGCAUUAAUUGCCUUGAAACAAAAAAUUAUUAAUACAGAUAACCUGCUGACAGAAUAUCAGAAGAAAUGUGAUGAGCUGCAGUUUGCAAGAAGAGAGAACAGCACACUGCAUCACCAAGUAGAGCAGAUGCUCCAGAAAAUCUCCCCUCUGCAGAAGUGUCAAGAAGAAUUGGGAACCUUGAAAGCUGAGCUGGAGGAGAAGAAGAGUUCUCUGAAGCUGUAUCAGAACACCCACCAGGAAUAUGCUCGCGUGAAAGAAGAAUGCUUGAGAACUGAUGCCCAGAAGAAGAAACUGGAAGCUAAGGUGAAGAAGCUGGAAGAGGCUGCUGUCAAGCAAACUCAAGACUUCAAGCAAUUGAGAAAUGAAAAGAAAAUACUUGAAAAGGAGUUUAGGAAGACACAGGAAAGACUUGAUGAAUUCUCCAAACAGAAAAAUGAGAAGGAGUUGAGACACAUUGGAACACAAAUCUCCAGUGACUCGCACGGAAGCAUAGAUAAAAGAAAGGUGAAAGUUCUUCUGAAAGAGCUGUGGCUCUGUGUGAACACUGCACACAGACUAUCUGGGGAGAGCAGCAGACGCAUCCCAGAAAAAUCCACCAAAGGAAACAGUGCACCCAGAGAGUCUGGGCAAGAUGAGCUGCUCCCAGUGCCAGGCAGCCCUUCCAGGGCCUCAGAUAUGCGCUCUUUCUUCACCAAGCUGUCCAUGGAGAUGGAGGGUGACUUCACUUCCUCGGAAAGUGCAGAAGAAGAGCUGCCCACUGGGGCAAGCCCCAGCACUGAGCAUGCUUUUUGUGAGGAGAGGCAUCCUGAAGUCUCAGGGCAGAAGCCUGAUGACAGCAACCGGACUGAUGUUUAUGACCACGAACACUUUUUUGAUGAUGAUCUUCAAGCUGCAAUUGACUUCUUCAAACUUCCGCCUCCUCUUCUGUCUCCAGUGCCCUCACCCCCUCCGAUGGCGUCAGACCCUUUACCAUCUUCCCUGGCACCUGAAUCCUUCUUUGGAGAAUUCACGGAUUCCAGCGAUAGUGACUCUGUCCCACCUAGAGACUCUCUGGAAUCAGCUUUGGAAGAUUACACAGCAGAGUCACGGGGUUAUUUUGACUUGCUUGAAAAAAUUAAAAGGAGUGAUAUGUGUAUAGAGACGCCCGGGCCACUGGGAACUGCCCAGGCUGUAAACAAACUGACACCUCUUGGAGCUGUUACUGGAAAAGCAGCACUGGGAGAACCCUCAGCCACAACUUCUCUAGCUUGGGGAAGGCACUUGACUGCAUCGUCUGAAUUCCUGAGGGACAGAGGAGAUGCUGUAGAAGACGCAGAGAGAAAGGUGGAGGCCAGGGAGGUGGAUAAGUCUGUGCAAGUUGGGAAAGGGCUGCGGAAGCACAAUAGGAGGCUGUGGCUGGAGGUGACAUCCAGAGGUCCAGCAGCACAGAAGGAAGCUGGAGCGGGGCCAUCACAAGCUUGGUUUUCUCCCCUUGGCAAGAGGACCUUCAGUGAACUCCUAGACUCUGAAGGAAAAACCCUGUCAUCAAAGGCUUUGUGUCCAUCCCAGUCAGAAUUUUCCAAACGGAUACUCACCGAUGGAUUUGUUCCCAAGUCACACUGUGUGACAGGCUCUGGCCACUUUCAAAGAAGGGAAAGAGAUGUGCAGGAGUCCACUCCACAGUCAGGCGCGUGUGUAGCUGCAGCAGGUCAUGACCGUUCAGCCAGUCUUCCUUCCUCUUCCUCUGCUACCUCCGUACCAGUGUCUAUCUUCAGUAACCGCCAGACUUCAUGGCCAGGGUGUGUCAGUGUAGGCACUCCAGCAGAAGUAACCUGCAGAGACCUGCAUCAUUCAGAACAAAAGUCACCAACUAGAACUUUAAACACAUUUCUGCGGUCUGAGCCAACAGCACAUCUAAAAGAAAAUGACCCAAAAAACAGCUUGUCUACUUUGAGUCCAAAGUCAAAAUUAGGAACAUCUACCUUUAGUGAUUGGAAGAGCAAGGGCCUGGAAUCUUUCAGCAUUUUCAAAAGCACAGCGAAGGGACACUCACUUCCCCAGUCAGUAUUUCAGAAGCCAACAGGAGGUGGACAGUGUGGAGGCCGAGGUCCAGGCACUACACUCAUACUGCCUAAGUCAGACUGGACUUCUUUGGCACGUUCGCAAGCUGGCUUCACCAGAAGGAGCCCUGGUUCUGCUGACAGCACCUCCUGGCACCGCAGUGAUAUCCUAAGGCGAGGUAGUGGGGGCAGUCCCAGAGCUACCUCAGAAUACCAGCAAAGGGCCAGGCUUCAGCUAGAGAAGGAGGCACCAGCUUCACAGAACAGCAGGCUGACAGCUAUGCUUGGACCUCCUGGAGAAAGUACCAUUCCUCUGGGACUUAAGGCAGCUGCUGCUUUGCUGCCAAACCAAGUGUCAGUCAUAACAAAGCAGGCAAGACCCAAGAGAGUGCUGAGUAGCAGCCUGGAACCCUGGGGGCCGUGUGGGAGCACACUGAGCUCUGCUGUAAAUGGUGGCAAGGGGAUAGGUCUUACGCCAUCAGUAUCAGCCUGUGUUGGAGAUGGAGACCCCACAGCACAGGUCUCUGAGCAGGUAACUGAUGAAGAAGUCCCUUCUCCAGAAGUUUCAGUGUCUUGGCGAGAACCUAAUUGUGAUUCUCCUGGUAGCUCCUUGCUCGAAGAGAAUGUCGAUUGUUCCACAGAUCGUAAGUUACCGUUCUCCUCCGAGGACAACCUCUUCCAGUGUGUCAUGAAUGAACACUUGCUGCAGAAGCCCAGGAAGUCUCCCCAAACCACACAGCCAGGUGCCAGUAGGCUGGAGGCUGGGGAGCUGCUUCCAUCCGGGGUGACAUCAGGAGCCUUCCCUGCUGAGCAGAUGCCCCAUGGACCCCGACCCCAGGCCAACACUGAAGCCCCUGUAGCUGCUCCCCAGAAAGCCAGUGUACCUCUCAUAGUGCCAAGCAGGGGUCCUCUCAGAGCUCGUGUGCCCGUGGGCCCUGUUUGCCCUUCAGGCCUUUGCCGUGCAGAUGAGACACAAGGGACCUCCCAAAGUAGUCUCCCUGGGGCUUCCUACAGCUACACGGGUAUCAGAGAGAGGACAGAGGAAGACACUGAGGUAGAGGAUGAGGCUGUUAGUUGCAGUGAGGGAGAGCAUGAGACUGAAGCUGUGAAGGGGCGCAGACAGCAGGCUGCAGCGGGAGACUCAAAUAGACCUUUGGGAGGCCCAGAGGCAGGACAACCAUCAGAUGUAGGAGAUCUGACCUCCGCACUUGAAGAAUGUAACUUAAGCACCUUUCUUUACAUAGACAAGCUUUCUACAUCAGAAGUGGUUAUGGUUCUUGAAAGUUGUCAGUUAAGGGAUUAUAGUUCAGGGCCCUCUGUUUCAGAUUGUUCUAGCAAAGGAACCCUAAAUGAAGAAAUGAACAAGGAGUUAAGGCAAAGUGAGAUCUCCAGAAAGGAAUGUGGGAAGAGGUUCUGUGAAGAAGAGCUACUCAGCGCCUCGGAAGAGUGGGCGGAGUCAGAAGGAGAUGACUGUUGUGGCAGCAAAUCAUGCCAAGACGCUCAGUGUCCUCUGGAAGUACCAUCUGAUGUUCUCCCCAAGACUGGGGAGGAACUUCAUACAAACCCUGUGGACUGCGGUGGCAAGGACCCUGAGCAUGCACUGCCCGUACAUACACAUCACAACCAGGCAGCUGAAGAUCUGACAGAAAAUGCUCUUCCUGAGGAAACGUCCAGCCCCAUGCCCCACACUGCUCAAUUGCCUGAGCCAUCCCCUGUGGGUGGUGGGGACAGCUCCCCACUAAGGAGCAGGUCUGACGCUGAACACACUCAGAGCAGAGAUGAGGGAGAGCCCAGUUCUGAGGGGAGCCUCAGUACUGGGGAAGAGGGCCUAGCAGAACCUGGGGAGCUGUUGACCCUGAGUUCUGACUCUCUAGCACAGCCCAGGUUAGAGCAGAGUUCUGAAUGUAUGGCAGAGACGGCAUUUCACUACCAGAUCUCUGCAGUGACCUCUGAAGUUAUCAGUGUACUUUUAAAUAAGGAUCAAGACCUGGUGAUUGAAGAGGGAGACAACUGGACUAUCAUCAGUGGUGUGGCCAUCUCCCCUGGCAUGGAACAAGUAGUUCUGUGUGACACUCUUGGGGAUGCUGCUCCCUCCCAGGCCCAGGAAGACCUAGACGAUGGUUCUAUGGAGAAGUCCCCCAGAGCCAGUCCUUCUGGCCCUCUACCUCAAGAGCCUCCAUGUGGUGGUGAUCUCUCUGGUGCCCAGGAGGAUGUUUCCAGCAGUGGUCAGAGUGUCAACUUUGAUAAGAGUCGCCUUCGGAACAGACCUGUGAAACCUAGCAUCUGGAUUCGUUCUCAGAUAUAUGACCAGACACUUGAGACUGAGAAAGUUACAUCUGAUCACACAUAUUAUAACUGGAAAUUAGAGCCACUUUGUAAAAAUAAACCUCGAUCAAAGAUUUCUAACAAAGAUCAAGCAAGUAAGCUCACAAAGACACCAGGACUCAACAGAGGAGAAGUGCAAGUGAGUGAAGUCCCUCAGCCAGUAUCGGGAGAAAGAACAAAUACACAAACGCCGAGAAGCCAAGCGCAGCCCACCACAGCAGGUACAGAUAUGUCCACCCCCACCAACUGUUCUCCUGACACUCUGAGCAAGAUCCGGCAAGAAGUGGGGCCGCCAUUGCCUCCCUUGCUCCCCCCACUAAUAGCGACACCUCCAAGGACAUCACGGACACUGUCUCCUCUGGUACCAUCCUCAAGGUCCUCACCUGCUGGCCGUGUUUCCCCCUUAUGUGAAGUUCCAGGGCCUCCUGUGUUGUCUCCAUGGCCUGAGGAACUCCAGCAGGCCUCUCCACUGGAUCCCUCUCCAUCCCCAUCCACAGCAACAGCUAGUGGAAGGAUAGUGUCCUCUCCAUUGCAGUUCUGUGCUGCUACACCAAAGCAUGCACUUCCUGUGCCUGGCCGACUCCCAUCCUGUGCACCAGGCCAUGCGGCUGUGAGUGGACCGCAAGAAAAUUCUGUAAAAAUCCUUGACACCAUGUACCCAGAAUUAUCUGCCAGAGCCCGGACCCUCAGCCUCCUCAAAGGGAACAUGCAGCUCUCCCGAAGCUCCACUGUGGAUGGAAAGGUGUUACCAGGACGUGUCAGUGCUCUCCUAGGACUCAAAGCUAUAACCUCAACAUCAACAGCAUUUGUCCUGACAGGCAGCAGCUCUGGUGGUGACAGUAACCAAGGUAAGUCACAGGAUGCAGGUGGGAAAAGAACACUAGCAGUAUCCAUGUUGAGGAGCGCUAAAAGACUGCGCCUAGACAACGAGUCUCCAGAACCAGACACCAGGGAGGUCACUGGGGAAGGAGUCCCCAAGGACCCCCAAGGAGGAAUCCCACCGGCUAAAGUCGUACCAGCUGAGGAAGAGCAAACUAAUGUCCCAGUCUGCAGUUCAGUGCCACUUCUGCGAGUAAAUCCAAGGGAGAUGGCAGAGUCAUAUAACAUAGCCAUAACUCGGGCUCUGAGGAAGAUUGCUGAGUCCUCCUUUGACCUGCUACCUGUCAUUCGAAGUCACGUGUAUGUGGGGAACAUCUCCAAAAAGCCUGUCAUGAGAGAUCAAGAGAAAGAAGUUGUAUAUGAGUUUAGCACAACAAACAAGCAUUUAGGAGAAUACUUACUUCGCUCUAUUCUCUCAGAGCUAAAGAUUCAGAAGACCUCUCUGGACCACAGUUACAUCCAUGCACUGUGCAGAGUGUAUGUGGGCAUUUGUCGGCAACUUGGAGACUUAGAAAGAGCUCGCUUGUUCUGUUACAGCCUUCUGAAGGAAGAUUUUCCGGAAUCUGAGAAGUUGACUCUGUUUAUUGCCAACAUGUGGCGUGAAGUAUUUCUCUCCCAGUCAGCCAUUAGUGAAGCGAUGCAGCUGGUGGCCAGGCAGCGUGCCAGAGGAGAGGUUCUGAACUGCUUGAGAGCGUUCCUGAGCUGGGAAAAGAAUGCUCCUAUAGAUGUUGGGAUCGUAGUUUCUAAGCUGCUUCUGACCAUACAGCUAUGCCCCAAAACAGAAUUUCAGUCGAGUGAGGAGUUUGGUGAAGACCUAAGUGCAAACAUCUGGGAAUACAUAUUUGCCAUUGAUCUCCUCUGCUGCCACCAGAGGUGGAUCUGGACGCAUGACAACAUCAUAAGUAAAGAGCUGUGGCCUGUGAUGGAUAAGUGGAUCAAAUACAGGAAAGGACAUUCAAACAUCGCGUACACCCCUGAUAUCAUUGUGGCAUCUGUGCUGAGACUGAUUGGUCGAUUAGGUCAAUUAGGUUUGAAGGAAGGAUUUCCAACUGCUGUGAAGAAUAUCAGUUCAGUUAUUGGCAUGUUCAUACAACAUGCUCAGGAUGAAGAUAUCCCAUGGGGUGUACAACUUGCAGCUGUGUAUGCCCUUUGUGACUUGAGUCCUAGCAAUCCAGCAGAGAUAUCCAAGAUUCUAGAAGCUUGGCGGACACAGACUUCCAACACUAUUCCAUCAGCAAUUGUCAGCUGCCUGGAAGAGGUUGGCUCUCUGAGUACUGAUGACUCAGCAGACUCUCCAAGCAAAGGAGACUGUACACCCUGAGAGAGACAGGAGGGUUACCAGAUGGCCAUGGUCACUGGGGAGAGAAGCGCUUUGGCAAGCUUUACUGUAAAGGACUUACCUGUCUUCAGCAGAGAAAGGCGCGAUGCAGAUGACACAGGAGCGCGCCUUGCAGUGUGAUGAGGACAGAAACAGGCAGCUGCCUUUCCCUUAUACCACAUGCAUUUCAGUUAUGGCUGUAUGGUCACAGACAUAUCGAUUGUAUUAGUGUAUCUUGGUCAAACAACAAAAACUUGAACUUAGCCCUUUUUAUUUUUUGGCUGCAAAAAGUGUCCUUUUUAGUGGCUUUUAAAGGUUGAGUGGCAUUUUUUUUAUAAUGAUCUUAAACGUACAAAAACAUGAUUUGGUAUCUGAGUCACUUUUAGAGUUUAUGCUCAAAUAAAUGGCUAGAUAAAAGCAUAUUGGCUUUUAAAACAUAGAACUAAGUGAGUCUCCCUGUCGUAGCUGGAAAUGGCCGCAGAAGUUCUACCACAGUGUGGUGCACAGCUACCAUAGUAGGACAAAUUUGGUGGAAGUGUACAUGAGUGUGUUUCUUCCCAUCUCUGAAUGUCCUGAACCAUAAAUAUCAGGAUUAACGGACAGUGCAAGACUCCCAUUUGGCUGUGCAGAGAUGACCAGUCUGAGGGAGCAGCAGAGCCCUGUGGGCUGUGUGCGUAGGGACAGCUCUGUGGGCUGUGUGCGUAGGGACAGCGUAGGGACAGCUCUGUGGGCUGUGUGCGUAGGGACAGCUCUGUGGGGUGUGUGCGUAGGGACAGCUCUGUGGGGUGUGUGCGUAGGGACAGCUGUGUGGGGGGUGAAUACAGGCAAUGCUAUCUAUGAUGUGUCUCACAUUGGAUGAUAUUCCACUUUCGGAAUUUUUUAUUUGUAUAUAGAAAUGGGUUUAAUAACUCACUGUGAUUCUGAUUUGUCUUAUAUUCAUCAUUUCUUAAAACUCUUGUAUGUGUUUUUAUAAUAAAAAAUAAAACAAGCCAUACACACUUGUUAUGAUUGUUUUUAUGUGGUGCUUGAUGUCCCAUCUGUAGUGCAGAUGAAGAUGUCUUCCAGAUUGAAGAGUGUCAAAUGGUUCUAUGUAGACUUCGCUGUUCCGUUAUAAUUGCUGCCUGUAGAGUCAGACCAGACAACGAUUGUGGUGACUUGCAUCUGUGUCUUAAGUAGCCUUCACAAACAUGAGUGGGUGGGCUGCCCCUUUGGAAGUCCUUUUUUCGUUCCUCCUCCUGUGCCUGUGCUUGUGCUCAACAAGCCUGGUAACAGCCAUGCUCUCACAGCUCUGACCUGUGAGUGGGGAAACCCACGUCAUCACCCACUGGGCCAGGCAGUGAUGAUAGAGAUGGGGCACAGACAUCAACAUGUGAUCCGGGUCCUCUGAGGAGGGAAAGUCAGGACACAGAAGAAGAGCAUCAGCCCAGAAGAGGGAGUGUUAGCACUUCUGGAAAGUGAAGGUAGCCCUGUGCAGAAGCCCUUCUGAGGGUGAGGACCAAAUGCAAGUCACUGUCAGUGAGAUCCUGUUCCACAGCAGGUACAGGGUACCUAGGACUGCACUGCAGGUCUCACGGUGGGACCUAGGCUCCAGAGGUAUGAUAAUGGCUGCUACUGGGGCUGCUGAAGGGUAAGGAUGCACAGGGCAUGCCUAGAAAGGCAAAUGACACAGCACCUUAGCAGGUGCAGGGGAAGAAGGACAGAGGAUGCAGAGGGUGUGGGGUGAGGGACACAGACUGGACCCUCAGGGGACAGGUACAUGGUCAGGGUAGGUGGGUUUCAAGCCUGCCCUAAAGGUGGAAACAAUGUUGUGUUGAAGUAUAGGUGAGGACCAGGAUAAUGAGCUAGGCUCAGUAGUGGGGAUCACAGGUGAAUGUUUUCCAUUUACUUUGGGUGCAUGAUGUUCAACCCCUGUGGCCUGGCCCCUAAGAGCAAAAUUGUUUUAGAGAUCAGGGCAGAGCUGUGGGGAUCAGUAGCUGAUGAGGGCAAAUGCUAAAUCAUUCCUCGUUCAUAUUCAUAUCUUCUCUUCCUUCCCCUCCCCUCUGUCUCUUCCUCUGGAGAGCGUCACCUCUGCCCUCCUGGAUGCAAGGUGGGGCAGAGUGGAAGAAAGCAGAAUGCCCCUGCGCUAGGUAAAGCAGUGAAGCAUCUGUCGGUGAGUAGCCUGUCGGGGUGGCAGAGCAAGUGGGAACGGAGAGCCCGAGCUUCAUCUGUCUGUGUCCAGUGACUGAGCACCUGUAAGUUCCCACAGACAGUGGCAUUCUCCAGUUGCCCCAGUUCCAGCUCUGGCUGCCAUCCGUCUAUCCAUCCAUCCAUCCAUCCAUGACACAUCUGCAAGGACAGAGGUCACCCAUGGUGGGUGCCGUAUGGUUCUCUGGGUGAGAUAGAUCGCUUUAGACUGACAGAUCUUGUACCCAGCAGAGUACAGGUGGAGGCUUUUAUCAUCCAGACAGAGAAGUGGACCUGUGUGGAGCCAAAUGGGCCGGACAUACCUGCUGAAGACCUCCAAGGUCAUGGUGCAAUAUGUCCUUGAAGCUGUCACGCCAGUGAUGGAGGUCAUUUUGUUGUUUUUCUCUCCUUACAAAAGAUGUGGCUGUGCAGCUCAUCAAAUGCCCUUGAGGAAGGUAGAUGGAUUUGAAUUGUGGCCACCAGAGGGUGCUGCAGACCAUCCUGUGACAAGAGCCAGGUAAGUAGGUGGCUUUUGAUCAGGAAAGCACUUUUCUACCCCUAGGCUACUAGUUUGGCAUCUUGGGCCCAUUAUUUCUAAGGUACAUGGGGGUCAGGAUGGAUGACGAGGUAACAGGUAUGAAUAAAUUUUAACUGUUCAGUCAAAUUCUCUUUGGUGAUUGUUAAAAAUAAUCACAAAAUAAAACGCUUGAGGGUAAAAGCCCAUGUGUCCAGGUGGGUUACUGACCAUGGGCAGGCAUGGCCCUCUGGCCUGACUGAUAAGCAGCACAGAGCCAUCCAGAGGAAAGCUCACCAGUCUAACCCGCUCCUGUGGAAAGUAUAAAUAGCGGUUAAAGCAUGAGUUAUCAACUUGGCAGCUCACAGCAGAGGCGAGGCAAAGGUUUUAAUGAGGUGUUUCUAGAGGCUGAAUUUCUAGAGUAAGGAAGGAACUAACUUGUAAGUCAUUUCUGCCUCCUCCUGACAUUUCCUCGUGAAUGAUUGUGAACACUGGACACCCCUUUUCCUGCCCUUCUAAACAAUGUAUUAACAGAUGCUAUAUUUAUAUCAAGUCAUUGCCAUCUUAAUGUUCUUUGACCACUCUUUUGUCAUCAGUUUUGUUUACCACUGGUAGGUCAUUUCUGAGUGCAGCUGAGGAUAGACCAACUCAAAGGCCAGAGAAUUAUGUACAAGUGGCCUGCGUGCAGCACUUCUGAAGGACUCUGCUUUGUGGAGGAUGUUAGGUCUUCAGCAGGCUCUUCGAGAUACAACCCUGGGUGCCUCUUCCCGGUGCCAGCCUCUUCACUGCUCCAGCCCCAGCCCUUCCCCACUUCCCACUGGGGGCUCACAGGACAGCCUGCCACUUCUGGAGGACAAAGCCCAUGAAGAACACAUCCCUGCAGAUGAAACUGAACCAGCUUGGUGCUGAAGAAGGUGUCAGUGAUAACAAAGGAUGGUUGAUAUUAGCUAGUUAUUAGUGUUAAUUGAAUGGGAAAAGCCUUGCCAUUUUCUUUCUCAAAUGGGAGCAAGAAAAGGAUACCACCGUUCACUGUUGUUCUAGAAGUCCUAGACAGGUGAACCAGACUGGUUAAAAAACAAAAAAAC